ACAAGAUGACACUAGACGGCAAAGAAUUAGUGUAUGCAAAUUUACCAGAUUAUGAAGAUCCACCCGAAUGGAUACAUCCACAUGAUAGGCCUUACAGUGAGGAUUACAAUAAUGACAUAAACCAUUUCUUGCCGAGACAGUUAAUUCUCCAGCGUAACCAAGUUUCUGAGCAGCUCGGAUUCAAUAUUAGAGGCGGCAAGGAACACCAUUGUGGGAUUUAUGUGUCUAAGGUGACAGUAGACAGUGAAGCUGACAGACUUGGAUUGCGGGAAGCAGAUCAGAUUUUGUCAGUAAACAGAGUCAACUUUGAGGAUAUAGAUCAUGCUGAGGCUGUGAACAUUUUGAAAAGAAACACAACCAUCGACAUGCAAGUCCGUUUUUUCCCAUAUGGGUAUGACAGAACCUACGACAAGAGUCGAUACUUACUAGCAAAUCACCAACAGACACCAAAUAGUAAUCAUUAGUAUCUCAAAACCUGGAAACGACUUCUAACAUCACAGAUGUGUUAAAUUUCUGUAUGGAUUUGGUGGUAUUUGGUUCACUUAAUCAACUCUAAAAAAUUGUAUUCAUUGUGUGCAAGUUUCUCAGAAAACGUAAAAUAUUAAGUUGGAUCAUAGGGUGUCCAACACUGAAAAUGACAAAACUAGAGAUCAGAAUUUUCCAAUUUUUGGUUGGAAAACAUGAAUUGUUUUUAAUUUUGAGAAAUAGUAAUAAUAUAUAUGCAUGUAACUGCUCCAAUAAUGGUAAAAUUCAGUUGAAAAAUUGUAUGCUUCUUAAAGUGCACGUUAUAGUAUGAAACAGGGUCUUAAUUUCUGAAGCAUAAAGAAAAAUAUGUGCUUUGGGACUUACAAUUUGUUACAAUUGAAGACCAGGAUUUUAGUAAAAUCCUUACUUUCAAUGGCCUUGGUCUAGUUAUACUGUUUAAAUGUGUUAUUAAAAGUGUAUUAUUAUGUUAUGUAUAAAUAAAUGUGAUAGUCUACAAAAUAUUUUUCAGACCGAUUCAUGUUCAAAUCGAUGAUGACUUGUACUAUAAUGGAUGCAAAUCCACUGAAAGAUGAUGAUUUAAAUUUUGUGAUAGCAGUUCCCUGUACAAUGACUCUUGUUAUUUUCAUAUUCAAAACUACAAACAAAGUAUGCAUAUCAUGGGAUUCCAUUUCAUAGCCUCAAGUACAUGGUACUAUUUGUAAAACAGUUCUCAUUCUCAUUUAUGUUUCAUAAUUCUUAUUUCAAUGUUCCUUUUGAUAAUACUGAUUUGGAAAUGAAAACAUAAUAAGAUAUUUAUUUUUGAAUUAAAAGAAAUGUGUGAUUUUCUGCAAAAAAUAAAAUCUAAGUAAAUGUAUCAUUUUAUGAAACAAACAUUAUAUAAGACAUUGUCUAUCUGUACAUGUAUAGCAUACUGAAGUAUAAUUG